CCUUUAAAGGAUAUACCGAGACGAGGGAUUCAGAGGGCAGAGGUGAGGUGGCCGAGGCGGGGCGAGCUCAUGUUCCCUUGCUCACUUCCUGUUCUUUCCCCCUCGUCGCCUUGUCCUCCGUCUUCGCCUCCUCGAUCUUCAAUCCUCAAUCCUCGAGCGCCUCUACGCCUGCACCCGCGCGUGACACUCAAAGAAUCCCGGCCAAAGGAGGGCGUCGUGCUCGAGCGCAAGCCCAUCACCCGCCGGCACCAAUCGUUACUUUGCUGCUCCUCUCCGCAACUCCGAGAAACGCGCCCUUCCUCGCCGAGCGUGAGUUGCUGUCGACCGGCGCCAUCUAUCAGUCACACGCACCGAACUGCGACUUGCGACCGUCGGGCGUUGACUGACCUGCACUACUACGCGCUGCACAUUCUGAUGAAUACACCUGCGCAGUUCACUGAACCCACUGACCACCGGGUCUGCCGGCACAGCUCUGCUCGGACCACGUUUCCCGGGGCGUUCAUCUCGCGCCUCGUCGCACACUUCGCACUCAUUCUCGCUCUCGCCCUCUCCCUCUUGUCUCGAGUUCCGGGACGGAACGCGAGCCAUUAUGCAAGGCUUCUACCGCCGAACGCCGCCCGUGUCCCCGUGCUCGUCGCACCCGGCGGCACGCACGCGCCACAAGCCUAGAACACGUCGACGCGGACGACGGUCCGCAUUCCAUGUGCUGGGG